AUGGUGCUCAUCGACGCGGGAUGCGAAUACAACGGCUACGCGUCAGACAUCACGCGGACGUUUCCUGCAUCGGGCGUUUUCUCGCAGCCUCAGCGCGACCUAUAUGUCGCGGUGCUGGCGGCACAGAAAGAACUCAUUCCGUUAUGUACAGAGGAAUCUAAUCUCAGCCUGAACGAUCUGCAUCGUAAAUCCGUCGAAUUCCUGCGGAGGGAGCUCCUUCAGAUCGGAUUUGACAUAUCGAUGAUGUCCGGCGACAUGAACGUACUCUAUCCUCACUUCCUCAGCCAUCCUAUAGGCAUAGACCUCCACAACUCGACGAAUUUCGAGCGAGCAGGAAGGUUGAAGGCGGGUAUGGUGGUAACAAUCGAACCCGGGCUGUAUGUGCCGCCGGCCGCGCAAUUCCCAAAGCACUUCCAUGGAUUAGGCGUUCGCAUCGAGGACGAGGUGCUCGUGGGUCAAGAGCAUGCUACCGUUCUCAGCGCGGAAGCACCCAAGGAGAUCAGCGAUGUAGAAGGCGCAUGCCAAGGGUUGCUCGGAUUCGAGCCAUAUUGA